AUGGGCUGCGCUCAGGGCAAGGAGCUCCCAAACUCGGCACCCAACGACCCCAACCUUGAAAAUAACGCCAAUGAAUGCCCCGAAAUCCCCGAUCCAGCCUACAAUCUCUGCUGCUGUUCCUGCAAAAAACGGCUGACCCGCGAACAACAGCACGACUUGGAGUUUAGACGAAAUAACUGUCGAAAUUCCGAACGGCUCAUCAGCAUGCAUAAAAGUCUGGUAUCUACGGACACCCUUUUGCCCCAUAUGCCAUCUCUGUCAAGUCAGAAUAAGUCGGUGCACUGA